AUGGGACGGAUAAACUCCUACAACCUAAUUGUGGUGCUGUUUGUUGCCCUAGGCUCGUUCACCUAUGGCUUCAACUCUUCCAUCGUGGCAUCUUUCACGGCUUUACCGUCUUUCUAUGCAUACUUCAAUCUUUCAUCCACUGGCCCACGGGCCGAUUAUACUACACAGAUGGUCGGAGCAAUGAACAGUCUAUUCGCCGCCGGUGGUUUAAUCGGUGCGCUGUUGCUUGGCUGGCUGGCUAACCAAGUGGGGCGAAGAAUGUCGAUUCAGAUAAUCUGUGUCAUUUCACUGGCUGCGACGAUAAUCAGCGCUGUAUCGAUGAAUAUGGGAAUGUUCCUUUUCGGAAGGGCUUUCCAGGGGUUCUCUGCUGGAAUGAUCGAUGCCGUGUGUCCAUUAUACCACUCCGAGGUCUCUCCAGCGAAUUCUCGAGGCAAGCUUGUUGGCUUCCAUGCUUUUCUCCUUGUCUCCGGAUAUGCUGGUGCGAGCUGGGUUGGACUAGGAUGUUAUUUUGCACCAAAUCCCGAUAUUCAGUGGAGGCUAUGCGUUGCCUUGCAGGCUGUUGCACCUCUUAUCCUCCUGUUUGGAUCACCUUGGAUCCCUGAAUCUCCCAGAUGGCUAGUUUUGUACGGGCGUUUCGAUGAAGGUCGCGAAACGCUCCGCAAGCUGCAUAAGAGUGAUGACGACCCCGCGGGUACAUUGGCUGAGCAAGAGUAUCAAACUAUUUGCACUCGAGUCGAGCUGGAUCGUGCGAAGGCUCUCACUUGGAAGUCAGUAUUGACUAACAAAUCAAUCAUGCGUCGCCUGGCGAUUGGAUUUUUCGUUGUCUUCGCCGCUCAAUCUAGUGGUGUCUUGGUCGUCAACAAUUACCAAAUUACUCUGUACGAAGGCUUAGGAAUUACCGGCUGGAAGUCACUACUACUACUUAGUGUUUACACUAGUUGGGCAGCUUUUAUGAACUGGGUCAAUGCGAUGUUGUUAGAUCGGUUCGGGCGCAUUAAGCUGAUGACUUUUGGACUGGUCGGUGCCGCCGUGGCGAUUUCAGGAGAAGCGGCUAUGGUCGCUACAUUUGCCGGGUCCAACAAUGCUAUCGGCAACGGGUUCGGAGUGUUCUUCUUGUUUCUUUUCAUCACGUUGUUUGCCGGUGGGAUGGACGCCUGUAACUCUGAGAUCUUCCCUACAUGGCUGAGAGCCCCAGGACUAGCAAUUUCGGUGACGGGUCUAUUCACCGCGACUCUUAUUUAUACUGGCUCUGCCUCAGUGGCUUUCGGGUCUGUUGGCUGGAGGUACUACCUUGGUCAGCCACAAAUGAAUCUGAUACGUGAUAUUAGUAAACUAACAGGGAGCAUUACAGUCUUCAUUUUUAUGCCGAUUGCCUGCGCGGGGGUCAUCUGGUUCUACCUUCCCGAAACAAACGGCCGGACUUUGGAAGAAAUCGAGCGCUUGUUCGAUAAUGAGGAAAUUGAUGCAGUUCCCGUUGAUCAACUACCAAGCAUAAACGAUGGGAUAACCAUUGUGGGUCGAAUUAGGAGCAAGAACAGUGUGUGA